AUGGACAGUUGGGAAAAAGAUCAGGCUAGGCUGCUGAAGAUUGUUGAGGAAAUGAAUAGUGGAUCAAGCAACAGUGAGUCUGAAUCUGAUGCUGACAGUGCUGAAAAUAACAAUUCGGAUAGUGAAGAUGAUGAAUCAACUACAGAUGAGGAAUAUGAAGCACCAGAAGAACCAGAAAAUGAUGAGACAUGGCAUACCAAUACAACAUCUAUAAGAAACUUUUCUUUUGAUGCAGAUGCCGCUGGGAUUCUUUUGGAUAUAGAAGAAAAUGUUUCUCCAAUUCAGGUUUUUGAAAAAAUAUGGGAUGACCAAGUAAUGGAAAUGAUUAUAAAAUCUACGAAUGAUUACGGCAUAAAACUUUGCAAUCAAGCACGGCCACAUACAAGGCAUAGUAGAAAGGCAAAUUUCAAAAAUACUGAUAUGAUCGAAAUGAGAAAGUUUUUAGGUUUGUGUUUGCUUCAGUCCCAGCUAAAAUUCUCCAGCAUUAAAAAACUCUUUUCCAUUGAUGCAUUACAUUACCACCCAGCAUUUCCGUCACAAAUGUCUGGAAGGAGGUUUGAGCAAAUAUUGAGGUGUUUUUGUGUUGAGGAAGAAAAUUCAAACGACCCUUUGAGGAAAAUAAAAAUAUUUCUUGAUUUGCUCAUACAAAAGUUUGCGAAUGCAUAUGCACCAAAUGAAGCAUUAUCAUUAGAUGAAUCGUUGUUAUUAUUUCGAGGACGGCUUUAUUUUCGCACGUACAUGAAAGGCAAAAAGGCAAAAUACGGAAUUAAAUUCUAUGAACUUUGUUCAGCCCAAGGUUACGUUUUGAAUAUAGAAGUAUACAAAGGCCAUCGAGAAAACGAUGAAAACAUGACAACUAUUGAAAGUCUUGUGAUGCGAUUGAUGCAGUCAUACUUAAACAAAGGCCAUCAUUUGUUCAUGGAUAAUUAUUACAACAGUCUACCAUUGUCUAACAAAUUACUUAGCAAAAAGACACAUGUGACAGGAACUCUUCGUGUAAAUAGGAAGGGUCUGCCACAAGAAAUAACACGUCGUAAGCUUAGAAAAGGAUAA